AUGUCUGAACUCAAAUACGCAACAACUGCACAACGUAUGCAACAACUAAAAGUGGCUAAACUGUUCCAACACAACUCCAAGCCACUGACAGCUCUUGAUUUCGACGAUACUGGCGUGUAUUGUGUAACAGCCUCUGCGGACGAGUGUAUUAACAUUUAUGACUGUAAAGCGGGAAUGGUAGUUACACUUGAAAUGUCACCUGUAGACGACACAUUCCUAUCAGGAAGUGUUGACGAUUCCAUUCGAUUGUAUGAUGUUAGAUCACAUCAUUGUCAGGGCUGUUUGGGGGUAAAAGGUCGCCCUUCAGUUGGUUACGAUAAUAAAGGACUGGUGUUCGCGCUUGGUGUAGCUGACAAAGUGCGCUUGUACGAUUUACGGAACUUUGACAAGGGUCCCUUUUCAACAUUUACAAUAAUAGAUCCGUUCUUCUCAGCCAUAGCCUACCAAAGAAACAUCGCGCCUCCAACAUGGACAUCUCUAAAGUUCUCAAACGACGGAAAGAAUAUUCUUAUCACUACUGGAGGGGACCAGCACUACGUGAUUGACGCUUUCAGCGGUGAACUGCGAAGGCGAUUGGUUGGGCAUGUCGGCUUGGGAGCCGUUGCAGAAGGGUUAGGCGGAGACGAUGCUGGGUUUACGCCAGACGGCGGAUUUGUAAUUGGUGGCUCCCAGGACGGUGUAAUAAGCAUAUGGGACAUACAGACGCCUACUCCGGCAUUUGCUUCGAUCGACAUACGUCCGCUGAAGCAAUUAGAUUCUCAUACCAAGCCAUCUCAAGUGGUAAAAUUUAAUCCUAGGUAUCUGAUGAUGGUCAGCGGAUGCACAGACUUGGCAUUCUGGGAACCAGCAUUAGAUAAUCCUGUAUUAUAA